AUGGCAGAAUACAAUAUCACGUCAGUGGACACUUCAAUCCCUCAGUCCCAUAUGACGGGCCACAACAUAAACAUGUCCAACGGGACCGAGCAACCGUCCUUCCGUAUGGUCACAGCGGUCGUCUACAGCAUUGUCUUCAUCGUGGGUCUCCUGGGCAAUUCGCUGGCCAUUUUUGUGUUGAUCCGCUACGCCAAGAUGAAGACCGUGACCAACAUAUACAUCCUCCAUUUAGCCGUGGCGGAUGAACUUUACAUCUUAGGAAUCCCCUUCCUGGCCACCAACAGUGUUCUUGACUAUUGGCCCUAUGGCGAUUUCUUCUGCAAGGCGUGCAUGACCGCUGACGCCAUGAGCCAGUUCAUGUCAACCUUUUGCCUGACGGUGAUGAGCAUCGAUCGCUAUCUUGCGGUGGUUCAUCCCAUAAGCAGCGUCAAGUGGAGGAGGCCACGGGUGGCCAUGAUCCUCAGUGCCAUGCUGUGGCUCGUGUCUUUUCUGGUCGUGCUGCCAGUCACCAUCUACUCACACGUGCAGGAAGGCUUCAACACCUGCAACAUCACGUGGCCUGAGAUGCAGCCCUGGUGGUCUGUUGUCUUUAUCCUCUACACAUCCAUCCUAGGCUUCUUCGGACCGCUGUUUGUCAUCAGUAUCUGCUAUUUGCUCAUUGUCAUCAAGGUGAGGUCAGCAGGCGUGCGUGCAGGUGUGACCAGGCGGCGUAGGUCGGAGCGUAAAGUGACCCGUAUGGUGGUGAUCAUUGUUUUAGUCUUUGUACUUUGUUGGAUGCCCUUCUUCACUACCAACAUUGUAAAUCUGAUAUACACCAUCCCUGAGGACGAUGCCAUAGCUUCAGUCUACUUCUUCUUAGUCACUCUCACUUAUGUGAACUCCUGCGCCAACCCAAUUCUCUACGGUGUUCUCUCAGAUAAAUUCAGACAGAGCUUCCAAAGAGUGCUCUGUUUCCACAAACCAAAAGGGGUUGCCAUUGUAGAACAGAGGGAUGCUAGACUUGCUACACCCCAGGAAGCAAAAAUGGGCAACCAUGAGCCCCUUUUCCCAUCCAGGAAUCCUAACCACAAUGGAUACGCACAGAACAUACAGGUAGGCUCUCCUGACCUUUAUGAACAAAUACUGAGGUAG